GUUACAGUUUUCAUUUUCAUUCGACAACAGCACAACGUGCAAGUCUAGCUAGACCUAGGAGACUUCGACACGAAAACAAAAUAUAGGAAAUAAAACAUGUCUGUAACACAGAAAAUGUUUGCCUACAGUGGCUUUAUGUUCGUCGCCGUACUAGCGGUGUUUGCUAGAGCCGUACCUGUUCCGGUGUCCGAAGAAGUGCAACCAGCCCAGUACAACCAGUUUGUGUCGACCCAAGUGAUGGCUGAUUCUGCAAACGAACCUAUGUUGUCCAUGUAUCGAACUGUGCAAGUCGACCCCGCGGCGGUCAGGCCAGUCCGGUCAGCCAGUCCGUUCCUCGGCAUCUUCGGUGGUUACGAAAAGCCGUACAAGUCCCAGCAAUACCAUCACCAUCAUCACCAGGAAGAGUACGAGCCUGAGUACCAUCACAGGCCCCAACACCACAAGCCACAGUACCACCACCACCACCAGGAACCACACCAUCACCACCAGGAACCACACCAUCACCACCAGAAACCACAACAUUACGGUGGUGGCGGUGCGGGAAGUUAUGCAUCGGCGGGAAGUUUCUCUGGAGGCCACGGUGGUGGCCACAGCCAGAGUGGAGCCAACAGUCAGUCCGCCAGUUUUGGGUUUGGUCCGUUCCAGGCCAGUUAUUCGGCUAGUUCGGCGCAGUCGGGCAGCCAUUCUAACCGAGGAUUUUCAAACUAUUGAUUACCACUUCCUAUCAUGAACAUUUGAAUUCUUAGCAUGAAUGAUAAUUUAAUAAUUGUGACUUUUAAUUUAUUCGUUUUUAAUUUUUAUAUACCUUUAGUACCUGCUACGUAUAAUAUUAUGAAUUAUGAUGUAUAAUAUGGUGCCAUCGAAAAAUGUAUUUAAAUUUAAUUUUAAUAUUAUCUUUUUGAAUAUCUAUAAUAAUUGUGUUAUCCAUUUUAAAAUGAUUCUUAAUUAAAUUCUUUUAUGGCAUUAAAUAAAUGUUUACGUU